CGGUAACCGGAAGUAAAAUUCCAAGAUGUCAGCCCCCUUAGAUGAAAAUUUUGUAUCUAUUUAAUUUCAAUUCUUUCAUUGAAAUAAGCCCGAGAAUGCAAAGAUCACUCGGAUAUGAAAUAUCCAACUUCUUCUACAUAAUAUAAAUAUUAAUUUCAUGUUAGGUUAGUAAAUACAUUCUGUUGUUCAAAGAUGGCAAUGCGAGACUUAGUAGAUGCAGAAUGUGGUGGCUCAAAUGCCUUGAUGAAAGUGACAUCACACUUUACUCAGGAUAGAGCAAGGAGACAGGAGGGGUUGAGACAGGUUAGAAGAGCACAUGGACCUGCUUCAGUUCCAUUUACCGAGGCAUCUGAACAUGAGUUGGUUAAUGAGUUUUUGGCAGACCAGCGACAGCAUGCGAUGCCCCAGACAUUCAGGAUGGGAGAGUUGCUUCAGGAGAUGCAGGAGAUUGACAAAGCCAGAAUGAGGCCUCUACCUCAGAGAGCACCUGGUGUGGCGGAGUUAGCUCGCACUGAAAAUUGGGCUCAAGAGUACUUAGACUCUGAACAGCUAGCAGAUGAAUGGACAAGGGACUUCCAGGCCCACCCUCCUGCUUUACCCACCAGCCCAGAGGUUAUCUCAGGCUCUGACUCUAAAUGGGCUCAAGAGUACCUGGAGCAGAGUGAACAAAAUACAUGGGCCCAGGAGUAUGAGAAAGAUCUCUUGGAUGACACCAAGUGGGUGGAUGAAUAUAAGACUGACAAUGAACUCUCCAGGACAGCUAAUGACUUACUUGGCAGUGUGGAUGAUCCUAAAUUCUCAAACUCAGAGUUUAUGAAAUUCAUAAAGAAAAUUGGGGAUGGGGACAUAACAAUAAAAGACAAUCAAGUGAUAGAUACACCAAAUGCUUCCAAAUGGGCUGAUGAUUUUACUAGUCAACAAAGUCAAAAGGGUGGUUCAUUGGCAGACAAAUGGGCUGAUGAGUUCCAGCAGAAACAGAGAGAUGUGCCCAAUGAUGCCCAAUUCUGGGACAACCUUCAAACAGAGUGGGAUGAUAUGGCCAGAGAAUCUGGUGGAGAUCAUCCAUGGUUGUCAGAUUAUCAGUCUACAAUGGACAUAUACAAGGAUUACAAGUUUGAAGAAGAGAACCCCCUGAGAGAGCACCCUGACCCCUUCAAAGAAGGACUUGAGAGGCUCCAGAGGGGAGACAUUCCUAAUGCAGUAUUGCUGUUUGAAGCAGCUGUCCAGAAGGACAACACACAUUCUGAAGCCUGGCAAUAUCUUGGAACAACCCAGGCUGACAAUGAGAAUGAACCUGCAGCUAUUGCAGCCCUGAGAAAGUGUUUGGAGAUUGACUCUAAGAACCUCACAGCAUUGAUGGCCCUCAGUGUCAGUUACACAAACGAAUCCCUCCAGAGCAAAGCUUGUGAGACUUUGAAGUUAUGGCUCGCUAACAACCCCGUCUAUGCCCACAUAGUCCCAGGUGGUGCCACCGCAGCUCAAGAACCAAUCGUGUCUUCGUUUGUUACCAGUUCAGUACACAAUGAGGUGCAAGAUUUAUACAUCAAGGCAGCCAGAAUGUCUCCUGAGGGCACCAUAGACCCUGAUGUACAGAGUGGCCUGGGGGUGCUCUUCAAUCUCUCUGGGGAAUAUGACAAGGCAGUUGACUGCUUCAACGCUGCUCUUCAAGUCAGGCCUAAUGAUCCACUACUGUGGAACAAACUAGGUGCUACACUAGCUAAUGGUAAUAGAAGUGAAGAGGCAGUUGAUGCCUACCACAGGGCCCUUGAGGUGGCACCAGGCUAUAUAAGGACGCGCUACAACCUUGGUAUCGCCUGUAUUAACCUAGGAGCUCAUAGUCAAGCAGUUGAACAUUUCCUAUCAGCAUUGAACAUGCAAAGAGAGAGCAAAGGACCAUUGGGGGAGACCUCAGUUAUGUCAGAUAAUGUCUGGUCUACGAUGCGUAUGGCAAUAUCAGUACUUGGACGUGCAGACCUUUAUAAGGCAUGUGACAAUAGAGACCUCGAUGCAAUUAACCGAGAGUUUAAUACAUGACAAGCUGGAUCCAGGGAAAUACAGCUAAAUCAAAAUUGCAGUAAUUUUAAACACCGUUUGUUUGAGUACAGGAACUCAAGGCGCAAACCAGGUCAGACAACACUUCCAGGGGUGCUCAGGCUUAUCUUUGAAGAUUAGGGGGUUUUCUAAAAACAUUUGCUUGAGCAUGAGAUUAAAUUGUGGAGAGGGAGUAAAUAACGCUACAAUGAUUGGAGAUGUACGCCAAUAAGGCAAGUCAAAUUCAACAUCAACUAAGAAAUGAUCUGUUAAAGAGAUGAAUACGCCUCAUAAAGAAUGUUAUGUAUAAUCCCUUAUUUUAUGUUAAAAAUUGUUGAGAUAUUAUUAUGGUCCUCACUGUUUUGUGACGGAGGGUUGGUAUCUUGGGUUCGUCAU